AUGAGUACACUAACACCGGAUGAAGCCCGUACUUUGAAUGCAAUUGCCUACUUUUUGCUUGAUGAUCACGACGAAUUCUCCGACCAGACGACGAAUUCCACUUUUUCUUGUGAGUAUCAAAAAAGGCAUUACAGGGGAGUGAGGUUCAUUAAGCCUCGCCGGAAAUAUGCUGCAGAGAUUAGAAAGCCUAAAAAGAAGGGUUCCAAACUCUGGCUAGGCACCUUCAAUACAGCCGAAGAAGCUGCAGAAGCAUAUGACCGUUCGGUUUUCCAAAUGCGCGGUUCGAAGGCUAUUCUUAACUUCCCUUCGAAUGUUGAGUUGGGAGUGUAUAUGGAUCCUUUUCUUCAUCCUUGUCUUCACACUGAGAGUCAGAAGAGGAGGAAAAGGACAGAUGAAUCUGAAAUAUCCCAUGACAAUAGGAUGGAAUGUUAA